UUAAUGAGCACAAUACGCUGGAGUGAAGCGCUAAGGUGUUGUUUUGGCAGGAGGUUCAACAGAAUUAACCGACUCAUCCGAAGCCCGUUUUGUCGUGUAUAUUUGAUACAUAUUCGAUAGAUAAUAUCGUACUAAUCAUGCCCGGACAGGAGUCGGUUACUGUGGCGAUUGGUCAGCAAAAAUCAUCUGGUUUUGUCUUAAAGAAGAUCAUGAAUAUUCCGCCUCCAAACAUACUAGAGGGUCAAAACGACGAUAUUGAGAAGGAGAAACAGAGUGCGGGUGGUGAUGGGGCGGCAGGUGGGGGCGGCAGUGGUGUUUCGGGGGGCGUCUCGGCCUCGCUCACCCCCACCAUCUGGGACAAGACCAUCCCGUACGACGGCGAGACCUUCCACCUGGAGUAUAUGGACCUGGACGAGUUCCUGCUGGAGAACGGCAUUCCCGUGACUCUGGAGGAGGAGUUGAGUAAAGAUCCGGAGACGGAGCAGCGCGGAGGCGAGGCAGACGAGUCCUCCACCGCUUCAGAGGAACCGGCGGCCGUCCCAGAUAUGCCUGAGGAGGAAGAACAAGAGGACGAGGAGGAGACGCUCACUGAUGCAGCAGAACUGGAGUUGACGGAGAGUGCAGAAACUGAGACGAUGAAAACCAAAGCUGAUGCAGAUCGUGUGACGCCCACCCCAGUCGACCCGGAAGAGAUUGAGGUGAACAUGACCUUCCAGCCCGACCCCACAGACCUGGUUCUGUCCAGCGUUCCCGGAGGAGAACUCUUCAACCCCCGAAAACAUCGCUUCUCAGAAGACGAGCUGAAGCCACAGCCCAUGAUCAAAAAAGCCAAGAAAGUGUUUGUUCCUGAAGAUGCAAAGGAUGAUAAGUAUUGGUCACGGAGGAAGAAGAACAACGUGGCAGCGAAACGUUCACGUGACGCUCGCCGUCUGAAAGAGAAUCAGAUCGCCGUACGUGCCUCAUUCCUGGAGCGUGAAAACGCGGCGUUGCGACAGGAAGUGGCCGAGUUGCGGAAAGACUGCGGCCGCUGCAAGAAGGUCAUGUCCCUGUACGAGGCCAAAUACGGAGCACUGUAAGGGACAAAAUCUACCAAGACACAACGCAAUCUCCCCAGAAAAAUUCACACCAUUUCCGCAUCUGGGGAUUAUGGGUAAUUCAGUUGCAUUUGGUGUGUGGAUGAGUGGACACUAGAGCACACUUUUAAUUCAGUAAUGUUUUCAAGAGUUUCAUGUUCAAUAAAAAUCAGGAAGUGAAAGGGUUUUUUAGAGACACAAGUUCUCUACUGAUGUGAAAGUGCCGUUGAGCGAGAAAUCCAUCCUGAAAAAACUAAAAAAACGAUGUAACAUCACCUCCCAAAGCAUGAAAUCUACCCUUUGACGUCUGUCAUACCUCAUUCCACUCCUCCCUACGACCCCAGUGUGGCUGCCAGACAGACCCUCACUUCGACUAGUGAUGAAAGCGGCGAGUUUAUCGCUGUAGUCAGUGUGAAAGAGAGAUCUGGCACCCUCUGUGGCGGAACGGAGGAAUUGCAGACAGCGGAAAUCAAGAGUUAAGAGUUGGAGGUCAGAAUGAGAGUUUUUUUGGUCAUGGUAAUGGUGACCUUCCAGUUUUUUUCCUGGUUUUGCCACACUGAAAAGAGUUUCCUCCCCUUGUUUACACUUGACACAUGUCUAUGUUUGUGUACAAAGAUGUAAAGGAGGUUUUCUCACCGUGACAUGUGGGAAGUUUGCCGUAAGUAGAAAAAAGUGCAUGACCCACUAUGUGAAGCAAUUGUUUUGUCUUUUUUCUAUAAAAACGAGUGCUAGUAAGCUUCCAGAGUGCAAGCGAUGACAUCAAUAGGGUCUUUGUGGUUGAUAGAGGUGUUGUCCUUCUGUCAAACCCAAAGAGACGAAAGAUGAGUCCUUCGUUUUCAGGACUGUAAACAUACGCUUGUAUCUCUCCACUACACAUUUUUUAAGGUGUUGUUGUUCUUCCAGAAUAAUAAUAUGUACACGUGUGAUAUUUCUAUUGUGCAGAUUUAUUGAGUUACCUUAUAGUGACUGUAUAUCUUCUACUGAGUGCUUCUACUCUGUUAUAAUGCAACUUGAUGGUGACAAGCAAAAGUAAUUCAGACAAUAACGAAACAUUUGUUAGUUUUAACUGGAACAUUUGUGCAGGGAUUUUAAUUGUAAGUUGACUAAACAACUGGAUUGUUUUUUGUUUAGUUUUUUUAGUUUCAGGGUUUAAUUCAAGGCAAUAAUACGUAAUUCAUCUUUACCUCAGAUUAGAUAUCUCUGCCAAGUGUUUUAAUUUAAUUUUUGUGUUUUUAUUAAUUAUUAGCAGUACUCUUCUAUGAGAGCACUGUGGAAUCAGGCAGCUCAGUUCUGUUGUGUGCGUGAUAAAUGUGCGAUUAAUGGGCCUCAUUCAUGAAACGGGCUCAGAAUGAAUUUCUGUGUAAAUGGUUCGUGCGCAAAUUGUCACAUUGCAUAAAAUCGUACAGAAAUUCUUGUAUUCUGUGUAAUUUUUUGUAAAACCAUGUUCAUGUCAAUUUUCGCUUUGCGGAACUUCUGUAAAUUGUCACCCUCUGUGGAAAUUAUUCGUAAAACCAUUCUUGCAUCAGUUGUCGCAUUGCAUAAAAACCUAUGUACAUUCACCCCUGGAGUCACGAGUUUGAAUCCAGGGUGUGCUGAGUGACUCCAGCCAGGUCUCCUAAGCAACCAAAUUGGCCCGGUUGCUAGGUAGGGUAGAGUCACAUGGGGUAAACUCCUCGUGGUCGCUAUAAUGUGGUUCAUUCUUGGUGGGGCGCGUGGUGAGUUGUGCGUGGUUGCCGCGGUGGAUGGCGUGAAGCCUCCACACGCACUACGUCUCCACGGUAACGCGCUCAACAAGUCACAUGAUAAGAUGCACAGGUUGACGGUCUCAGACGCGGAGGCAACUGAGAUUCGUCACUACGCCACCACGAGGACUUAAAAGCACAUUGGGAAUUGGGCAUUCCAAACUGGGAGAAAAAGGGGAAAAAAUCAUUCACAAAAUUUUUCAUAUUCGUAAAUUGAUUGCAUUAAAACAUUCUGUGUAAACUGUUUUUAAAACUAUUUUUACAUCAAUUAUCGCAUUUCUUAAAAAAAUGUAAAUUGUGACAUUCUGUGUGAAUUGUUCAUAAAGCCAUUCUUAAGCAAAUUGUCGCGUUACGUAAAAACGUAAGUACAUUUUCAGAUUCUAUGCUAGUCUUUCACAAAAUUAUUCAUUUUCUUAAAUUGAUUGCGUUAAAACUUAAAAUGUGACAUUCUGUGUAAAUUGUUUGUAAAACCAUUUUUGCAUCAAUUGUCGCAUUUCUUAAAAAAAGCAAAAAAAAAAAGAAAACGUAAAUUGUGACAUUCUAUGUGAAUCGUUCAUAAAGCCAUUUUUAAGCAAAUUGUCACAUAACCUAAAAACGUAAGUACAUUUUCGGAUUCUGUGCUAGUCGUUCACUAAAUUAUUCUUACGUAAAUUGAUGCAUUGCGUUAAUUCGCAUUGUCCUAUUUCGUGUGAAUUGUUUGUGAAACGAUUCUUACAUCAGUUGUUGCAUUGCUAAAAACAAAUGUAAAUAGUUGAAUUCCAUGUAAAUCGUUCAGUUAAUUGAUGCGCUGCAUUAAAAGUUAAAUCGACAUAUUCUGUUAAUUGGUUUUACGAACGAUUUACACAGAAAUGCAUUCUGCUUGUGUUUUAUGAAUGAUGCCCAAUGUGUGAGAUGGUACAAACAUUGGAAUUAUUUUCUUUUAGAUAUUUUUUGGACAUUUCUUGAUAUAAAAACUCUUGACAUUAGCAUAAUCAGCACUAGUAUCAUUACAGUCCCACAAGUGUCAUUCUUCGCUGUUAUUCCAGAGAUAAUGAACUGGACGUGAGAUUUACGAAGGAUUUAGGGAUUAUAUUUUUAAAUGGCGGAAAAGCCAUAAUGGGCUUCCAGUUUGUAAGCAGUGUAUUCAAGCUGUCACGGUUUGUUUUUAACAUGCAUAAAAUUCUCCACAAAGUGUACUUACAUCUUCAUUUUUCCGCUGAAAACAAACAAAACGUUUUUUCUUUUGGGGGUGGCAACAAUGUAUUUUUAUGGGUUGGGUUUUAAGGUACGUUAUGUUUGGUUUCUUUUUUGCCAAACUAAUGUAUGUAAUUUUAAAGGAUUGUGCUUUUGUAAACAGGUAAAAAAAAAAAAAAAAAAAAAUUUGUUUAUUAAUUGAGUGUUGCAUGCAUGCUGAUGUCAUAGUGACUCUGUGCAGUGGGCGUGUCCUUCCCAUCCACACAUAGAUAAAAACAGUUUUGAUCGUUUCUUUUUCACUCGUUUAAAUUAAUGUAUAAUACAAACCAGACACAUCUAGAACUUUUGUGUUCAAAAUUUUCAAGAAGGAAAUUUAGCUGGGUUUGUUCGUAUGCUUUUAAAAGGCCAGUUUUUGUGAUAUAAAUUGAAUCCAAUGGAGUUAUUAGUCUUACCUCUGUUUUGCAACCGUCCAAAUGUUUGCCUGUUACAUUUUAGUUUCAGUUUAAGCUUUAUAUCUGUACGUUUUGUGUUGGACUACAUACAACUGAAAUGUAGCAGUCGGACUCAGUUUCGCUCAAAUGGAAAUCUGAUAUAUGGACAAUGUACAAAUAAAUGUACAAAUAUUAGGAUUUUAUAUAUGUACAUAUAUGCCCAUAAAUAAGUAUAACCAUAUAUUACAUUCUAAUAUUUGUUCUGACUUUAAAAUGGCCAUUGUGUAAGAUAUGUGGCAUAGACAUAUAUGUGACAUUUUUAUCACUCAUAUCAUAUAUGUGCAUGCAUUGCCUGCCAUAUAUCAGAUUUUUGUAUGGGUGUUCUUAACAAAACCAUAUAACUUUACAUUAUAUAUAUAUAUUAGUACAUUUUUAAAAAGGACUCUAUAUUUCUUUUUUAAAGAGUGAUAUGUUGUUUUUUAUAAAAAAUAAAUAAUGUAAUGCAA